UUUUCUCUUGAGUAUGCCAAGAACCUCUUCUUUUGCCAGUUCCAUCACUACCUCCGUUACUACUGUUCGCUUGUUCGAGACUUCUUUCAAGAUUGGCAAUGUUCUGUUCAAUAUCGAUCAACAUCUGUUGCUCGUCUUCCAUCACUUCUGAUAUCGCAUAAGAGCUGCUACUUCCAUCAGAUUACCACAAAAAUACAAUGUAAUUAUAAAAGGAAGAUGUAUGGUAUUAUGAGUACCAGAAGAGAAGUGUAGAAAGGCAUAUUAAAAAAAAAACACACAGGACUGUUAUAAAGUGAAAGGGAGAAAUGUUGUUGAAACGUUCGGAAUGCCGUUUCGAAAGCACCUAAAAUCACUUAAGAGGAAAAACGAGAAAAGAUGAAACAAUUUCAUGAAACAAUCGAAGAUGUUAUGAUACGUUUAGAAGAAUUUCAAUCAAUUGUUGCAAUGGUUCAAGCUGAAAGUUCAGAAUGUAUGAAUGAACACAUUCCAAGGAUACGACAUAUGCAAAAAGAAUUAGUAACACUUUGUAGGAAAAUAGAUGCACUUGAACACGUCCUUAUAGCAGCUAAUGUAAGUUUGACAGCAUUAGAAACAGCUGUUGACACUGCGGAAGCUGAAUUGGGUGUUACGGAUAGAUUUUUUGGUAUUCUUAAUCCAUUAUCUUUUUUUAAAAAGAAUCAAGAAUCUGUGAUAGGGAACAAACAACAGCAAACAUUUGAACCUCCAACAAUUUACAGAACAGAAGAUUAUUUCAAUGCGGAGUAAAUUAAUGUCUUCCAUGACCGAGUGAUUCUAAAUUUAAACUUUUUUAAAAAGCAAUUGGAAAAAUUGACUUGCUAUAAUAUGAACUUUAGAUUUAAACAUUUUUUUUUAGAAUAUAUAUGAUUUACAAUUAAAAUUCCAUGGCCAAAAUUUUUAUAUUUAUACUUUUAUGUUUUUUCUUAUACAUUUCCUAUAGCAAAACUAUAAAAUGUA